AUGUCGACCGACGCUCCGCCGUACCAGGCGCCGGAGAACGCCAUCGACGAUGAGGAUGAGCUCUCGGACACGCCCAAGGAGGCGCACACUGUGCACAGGAUCCGGGCCAAUUCCACCAUCAUGCAACUGAAGAAGAUCCUCGUCGCCAACCGUGGCGAGAUCCCUAUCCGCAUCUUCAGGACAGCUCACGAGUUAUCAUUGCAUACCAUUGCCGUUUUCUCUCACGAGGAUCGCCUUGGCAUGCAUAGGCAGAAGGCCGACGAGGCUUACAUGAUCGGAAAGCGGGGCCAGUACACUCCAGUUGGAGCAUAUCUGGCUGGUGACGAAAUCAUCAAGAUCGCCCUCGAGCACGGCGCGCAGAUGAUUCACCCUGGUUACGGAUUCCUCUCAGAAAACGCAGAGUUCGCCAAGAAGGUUGAGGACAGUGGUCUCAUCUUUGUUGGGCCGUCACCCGAUGUGAUCCAGGCCCUUGGCGACAAGGUUUCCGCCAGGAAGCUCGCCAUUGCCGCCAACGUGCCCGUCGUUCCCGGGACAGAGGGCGCCGUCGAGAAGUUUGAGGAGGUCAAGAAAUUCACCGACGAAUAUGGUUUCCCCAUCAUCAUCAAGGCUGCCUAUGGCGGUGGUGGUCGCGGCAUGCGAGUCGUCCGUGACCAGGAGUCGCUCAAGGAGGCUUUCGAGCGCGCCACAUCCGAGGCCAAGUCUGCUUUCGGAAACGGCACCGUCUUCGUCGAGAGGUUCCUUGACAAGCCCAAGCACAUCGAGGUUCAGCUGCUGGGUGACAACCAGGGCAACAUUGUCCACCUCUACGAGCGUGACUGUUCAGUCCAGCGCAGGCACCAAAAGGUCGUGGAAAUCGCCCCGGCCAAGGACCUCCCUCCCGAGACGCGCGAUGCCAUCCUCAAGGAUGCCGUCAGGCUGGCGCAGAGCGUCAACUACAGGAACGCCGGAACCGCCGAGUUCCUUGUGGACCAGCAGAACCGCUACUACUUCAUCGAGAUCAACCCCCGAAUCCAGGUCGAACACACCAUCACCGAGGAGAUCACUGGCAUCGAUAUUGUUGCCGCCCAGAUUCAGAUUGCCGCUGGUGCUACGCUGCAGCAGUUGGGUCUGACCCAGGACCGCAUCUCAACAAGGGGUUUUGCCAUCCAAUGUCGUAUUACCACAGAGGACCCGCAGAACAACUUUGCCCCUGACACCGGCAAGAUCGAGGUCUAUAGGUCCGCAGGCGGAAACGGAGUGAGGCUCGACGGUGGCAAUGGAUUUGCGGGUGCCAUCAUCACACCACACUAUGACAGCAUGUUGGUCAAGGUUUCUUGCCAUGGCAGCACAUACGAAAUCGCACGCCGGAAGCAGCUGCGUGCCCUGGUGGAGUUCAGGAUCAGGGGUGUCAAGACAAACAUCCCGUUCCUGAUGUCGCUGCUCACGCACCCCACCUUCAUCGAUGGCGCGUGCUGGACCACGUUCAUCGACAACACCCCAGAGCUCUUCACCAUGAUGGGCAGCCAGAACCGUGCCCAGAAGCUGCUCGCCUACCUGGGCGACAUGGCCGUCAACGGAAGCAGCAUCAAGGGCCAGGUUGGCGAGCCCAAGUUCAAGGGCGACAUCAUCCACCCGGAGCUCUUCGACUCGGCCGGCAACAAGAUCGACACCUCCAAGCCUUGCACCAAGGGCUGGAGGCAGAUUAUCUUGGAGCAGGGCCCCAAGGCGUUUGCUCAGGCUGUCAGGAAGAACAAGGGCUGCCUUCUCAUGGACACCACUUGGAGAGAUGCCCACCAGUCUCUGUUGGCUACCCGUGUGCGAACAAUCGACCUUCUCAACAUUGCCAACGAGACGAGCCAUGCCCUGUCCAACCUCUACAGUCUUGAGUGCUGGGGAGGUGCAACAUUCGAUGUGGCGUACCGCUUCUUGAACGAGGACCCUUGGUUGCGUUUGCGACGAAUGCGCCAGGCCGUUCCCAACAUCCCAUUCCAGAUGCUUCUGAGAGGUGCCAACGGUGUUGCCUACUCGUCGCUGCCUGACAAUGCCAUCGACCACUUCUGCGAGCAGGCCAAGAAGAACGGCGUGGACAUCUUCCGUGUGUUUGAUGCUCUGAACGACAUUACGCAGCUCGAGGUCGGUAUCAAGGCUGUCCACAAGGCGGGCGGUGUCGUCGAGGGCACCGUCUGCUACAGCGGUGACAUGUUGAACCCCAAGAAGAAGUACAACCUUGAGUACUACAUGGACCUGGUCGACAAGUUGGUGGCUCUGGACAUUCACGUCCUCGGCGUCAAGGACAUGGCCGGUGUGCUCAAGCCGCACGCCGCCAAGAUCCUCAUCGGCAGCAUCCGCAAGAAGUACCCCGACCUCCCGAUCCACGUCCACACCCACGACUCGGCCGCGACCGGUGUGGCAUCCAUGGUUGCCUGCGCCGAGGCUGGCGCCGACGCGGUGGAUGCGGCCACAGACAGUCUGUCGGGCAUGACUUCGCAGCCUAGCAUCAAUGCCAUCAUGGCAUCCCUCGAGGGUAGCGAUCUGGACACGGGUCUGGACCCUCACCAAGUCCGCUCCUUGGACACGUACUGGCAGCAGCUUCGCCUCCUCUACUCGCCAUUCGAGGCUCACCUCACGGGCCCCGAUCCCGAGGUCUACGAGCACGAGAUCCCCGGUGGACAGCUCACCAACAUGAUGUUCCAGGCCUCGCAGCUCGGUCUCGGAUCGCAGUGGCUUGAGACCAAGAAGGCCUACGAGCAGGCCAACGACCUCCUGGGAGACAUUGUCAAGGUCACCCCCACAUCCAAGGUGGUCGGUGAUCUCGCUCAGUUCAUGGUCUCGAACAAGCUCAGUCCCGAGGACGUCAAGAAGCGCGCCGGCGAGCUCGACUUCCCCGGCUCGGUGCUCGAGUUCUUCGAGGGUCUCAUGGGCCAGCCGUACGGCGGGUUCCCCGAGCCCCUGCGCACGGAUGCACUCCGCGGCAGGCGCAAGAUGGAGAAGCGCCCCGGUCUGUACCUGGACCCGAUCGACUUCCCCAAGGUCAGGAAGGAGCUGGCCAAGAAGUACGGUCCCGGCCUGACCGAGUGCGACGUGGCGUCCCACAUCAUGUACCCCAAGGUGUACGAGGACUACCGCAGCUUCGUCGAUAAGUACGGCGACCUGUCGGUCCUCCCGACCCGGUACUUCCUCAGCAAGCCCGAGAUCGGCGAGGAGUUCCACGUCGAGCUGGAGAAGGGCAAGGUCCUCAUCCUCAAGCUCCUGGCCGUCGGUCCGCUUUCCGACGCCACCGGUCAGCGCGAGGUGUUCUACGAGAUGAACGGAGAGGUCAGGCAGGUGACGGUCGACGACAAGCAGGCGUCGGUCGAGAACUUGUCGAGGCCAAAGGCCGACCCGUCGGACUCGAGCCAGGUCGGUGCUCCGAUGUCUGGCGUCCUUGUCGAGCUCAGGGUGCACGAGGGCACCGAGGUCAAGAAGGGCGACCCUAUCGCUGUUCUCAGCGCCAUGAAGAUGGAAAUGGUCAUCUCGGCACCCCACGCUGGUAUUGUGUCGAACCUGGUUGUUCACGAGGGCGACUCGGUUGGCGGAUCGGACUUGGUCUGCAAGAUUGCAAAGAAGGCUUGA